AUGGAAGAUGCCAUGUUCCAGGUUAGUGAUGGGCUCGUGGCCAACGUGGUGCCUAAUACUAUUCUGCCUUGCCAAGAUCAGUAUUUUGUAGGAGGCCAGAGUUAUAAUUGCCCGUAUUCCACUUCAACGUCAGAAUCUGGUGUUGACGUUUCCAAGGAGACUUGGGUCUCUUACUGGGCUGCUGGUAUCCUGGACAACACUGAGCUCCAACAAGCACCACAAGUACUAGAAUCACCCUGUGACUUAAGUUUUCCUGCUCUGGACCCGUGUUCAUGGGAAGAGGCUCAGCUCUCGUCUCAGCUCUACAGAAAUAAGCAGCUCCAGGAUACUCUACUACAGAAGGAGGAAGAACUUGCUAGGCUACAUGAAGAGAAUAAUCACCUCAGACAAUACCUGAAUUCUACUUUGGUUAAACGUCUAGAAGAGAAGGCCAAGAAAUUGCUGUCAUCAGAUGAGUUGUCUAAAGUGUUUGGAAAACUCAGAAAAGAGAAGAGGAAACCCAAAGAACACAGACACCUCCCUGCUGAGAUUCCCCAGUCCAAAACUGCCAAGAGAAACCUCUCCACGGAGUUUUCUAACUAUGGGGAACAAUCUGGGCCCCAUGUGGAUCCCUGGGUUCUUCAAACCCUUGGGCUGAAAGACCUCAACACCAUUGAUGACACUCUACCAGCUAACUACAGUGCCGCCACCACCUCUCUUCCCAGGACAGUUCCCAGUGCAUCCUCCCAGUUUGUACAUGAUACAGUUGGCUAUGCAAAUGUCUGCAGAGAUCUGCACCUUGACUAUGUAGGUCAGAAAACACAUGCCUCACAUGCCACCUCCAUCCACCAGGAAGACUGCUUCAGUUUUCCUCUUUCUAAUCCUUCAGUGAGGGUUCAGACUCUUCCUUAUCACACUGCAGAUGUGUCACCCAACAAGACAGAGGUGGCCUUUUCCACAUCUUUGAGUCCUCACUGCAAUGUGAAAACUCACUCCUUCCACCAGGGACAAGCCUUUGUACGUCGAGAUGAGGAGGGAGGCUGGAAGUUUACCUGGGUCCCCAAGCAGACCUAG